UAAAACAGUUAGGAUCCGUAAAAGCGCAACGCUUUGUGCAUCCCACUUUCCUUCCUCUAUAAAUAGCAUCAAUUUUGAGUGUGAUGAUUAUUGUUCGUUUCAGUAGCAGAGCAGUAGCCGAGAGAGAGAGAGAGAGAGAAUGGGGCGGAUUGAUUACUUAUCGAUGAGAGCUGAUGCAGAAAGCGCUGCAUUGUUGGACACAGACUUGAAGGAGCUCAAGGCUGCCGCCACAAAACUCCUGAGCCAUGCCGCCGCAUUAGGCGGCCUUGCCUUCGGCACUUCUUUCCUCAAAUGGCUCGCCUCCUUCGCCGCCAUCUACUUGUUGAUCCUGGAUCGGACCAACUGGAGAUCGAACAUGCUCACCUCGCUCCUCAUCCCUUACAUCUUCUUCAGCAUGCCCCACGCGCUGUUCAGAUUUCUCAGGGGAGAGGUCGGUAAAUGGAUCGCCUUCGUUGCGGUCGUGCUCCGCCUCUUCUUCCCCAGCCACUUCCCGGAUUGGCUGGAGAUGCCGGGAUCCUUGAUUCUUCUGCUCGUGGUUUCGCCCGAUUUCUUCGCUCAUAGCCUCAGAGACGACUGGAUCGGCGUCGCGAUCUGCCUGGCGAUCGGCUGUUAUCUGCUGCAGGAGCACAUAAGAGCAAGUGGUGGAUUCCGGAACUCGUUUACGCAGAGCCAUGGCAUCUCCAACACCAUCGGCAUUAUCCUCCUCUUGCUCUUCCCUAUCUGGGCUUUGCUAACACACCUCCUCUAAAUUUCCAAUUAUUCAUGUAUCUCGUUUCUUUACUAUCAACAUACUUAUAUACAUUAUUUUUU